AUGUCGCAGAAGAAAGCCGAUCAAAUGCAUGAUGUACUCGAUAGCACCAAAUCUCACUAUGAUCAAUUAGAGAAGAAAUAUGAUCAAGCCAAUCAGCUGCUACGAAACUAUCAAGAAAGAGAAAAAGAAUUGCUCUCACGUGAAGAGAAUCAUGUGGAGCAAUUGAGGGACAAGGAUGCUCACUACACACAUCUGGUCACUCAACUCAAGGAGCGCAUUGAUGAACUUGAAGCAAAACUGGAGGAGAUGGAUCAGCGACGACAAUCGAUCACUAAUAAUGAAUUGUCGGAACUGAAGGAGAAAUUGAAGGACAACGACGAGGGUUUGGCGUACAAACCUGGUGGUGAAUUGCCGCACGAGGACAAAGCAGUGAUGGCAAAUCUGGACGAUGCUAAGGAAACUGUGAAACCCACCACAAUCAACAAUAACAAUAUCCCUUGUCGAAAGGAUGCCGAAGUGUCAACGUGGGACGAUGACAAGUAUUCGUCGUCGUGUGGAAGUCCGGUUCCACGAAUAUCCGAACCGGCAAGUCCUGCCCUCCCGCAUCGAUUCGUUCAUCGACGACUGCUGUUCCCAUUGAAGAAGAAAUACGUUACCAAUGAGAACGAGUUCUGGCGUGCUUCCUGCGAACAAAUUCAAGGAUUGCAAGUGCUUCAUUGGACAGUUGAUGAUGUCUGCCAGUUACUGGUUUCUAUGGGACUCGACAAAUAUGUCCCAGAGUUCACGAUUAACAAGGUCACUGGAGCGAAGUUCUUAGAAUUAGAUGGAACGAAGCUAAAGGUGAGGCCAUUCGAUCAUAAUUUAUAUUCUGCUUGCGAGACUUGA